GAACGGGCGGGGGAAGGAAGGAAGGAAGGGAGGGAGGAAGAAGAAGAAGGGAAGGAGGGAGCGAGCGACGCGGCGCCAGGUCGGAGGAGCUGCGGCCGCGCCCGUGCGUGUCGGCGGGCGGCCAGGAUGGAUCACCACCAGCCCGUCAGCCGCUACCAAGUGCUUCACAAUGAGGAUGAUCCUCCAGAGUCUUCAGCUGCUGCGCAGCCUUCCACGUCUACAGAGACUCCGCAGCCCCCGCAGCCAGCAGCCUUACCUGAGGCAGAUACUUCCCCUCCACCAUACUGUAGCAUAGCUGUGGAAGCAGCUGCAACCUCAGAGACACAGAAUGAAUUUUAUCCUGUACCACCUCCAUACAGCGUAGCUACCUCUCUUCCUACCUACGAUGAAGCAGAGAAGGCCAAGGCUGCCGCAAUGGCAGCGGCUGCAGCUGAAGUUGCCCAGAGACACGCCCAGUUUAGGGAAUCUAGGAGUCUGUUUGAUGAAAUAUUCCUCAGUCGUCCAGAGGAAGAAGAGUAUCCRCCACGGGAUGAUUUCAGUGAUGCAGAUCAGCUUAGAGUGGGCAAUGAUGGCAUCUUCAUGUUGGCAUUUUUCAUGGCGUUUAUUUUCAACUGGAUUGGAUUUUGUUUAUCCUUCUGUAUAACAAAUACCAUAGCUGGAAGGUAUGGUGCAAUCUGUGGAUUUGGUCUCUCCCUGAUCAAAUGGAUUCUCAUUGUACGGUUUUCAGAUUAUUUUACUGGAUAUUUCAAUGGACAAUACUGGCUUUGGUGGAUAUUUCUUGUACUUGGACUCCUUCUGUUCUUUCGAGGCUUUGUUAAUUAUCUUAAAGUCAGAAAUAUGUCUGAAAGCAUGGCAGCUGCUCAUAGAACAAGAUUUUUUUUCUUGUACUAAAGACUGCAUCGAACAGACAUUCCUUUCCUAUGCUGGUGUGAAACUUCCAGAUGAUCUGUAUCCCUCCAAGUUAAUAAGAUACAAGACUACUAAAACCAGAAGGCAAAUUAGUGAAAAUAUGGCUUCAAAAACGAAUGGCAGGAUGGUUUAUGCUCAAGUACCAGUUCUGGUCAUUCUAGUAAAUAUUUAUAAUUGCUGCCUUUUGUUUUAGCACAUUUGUAUAUGUGCUUGUUAAAAAGAUAGUAUUGAAGUAAGAACAAACUAUCUGUAAGUAUAGAUUAGGUACUGUCAGACUCAGUUAAUCUGUGCUUGUUGUAUCUGAAAGAUUUGAGUGGUAACUUGUUUCACAGCUUGUAUGUACCACUGACUCGGUGAUCUGAACUUCUGAGUASAAUGAAAUGCAUUAAAUGAUUCAGAUUAACCAGUUCAGACAGUUUUUUUUAUAUAAUUUAGAUUCAUCUAAUGAUUGUAUAGAACAUUUUUAAGUUUACUAAACCCCAGAGUUCCUUGUCACAAACUUGUAUUCGCCAAUAUUUUAUUGAAUCCAAACUAAUAUACUGGUUUGUGCUAAAACUGAUACACUUUGAGUCCCCUGUAAAUAACUGCAUAAAUGACUGUUUUAAUUGCUUCUUAGGAAAUAAGUCAAAAUAUAUUUUGUAACAGCAUAUUCUCUAAAUUUUGUUUAGUCUUAGAGCUAUAUACAUAUUUUUUGUUAAUUGGCUAUUAAAGGUUUAGUUAGUAGUAGAUGUAAUUUUGGAGGUUUGCAUUCUUCAGGUCACUAUAAAUAUGACAUCCACACUGAGGGCUUCUCAAAAAAAAUCAUACAGCUACUUUAGAAUGCUUGUUUAGAAUAAAUACUUUGCCAUUUCAUAAGGACAAGCUAGUUUAAAUGCAAGGUAAUUUGGGAAGUAAUCUAUGAAGGAAAAAAUCUUUUAAAGCUCUGAAAGUAGAAAAUGUGUGUUUUACCUCUCCCUUUAUUCAUUUAAGGUAUACCAUUACAUUCUUAUAAAUAUCAUCUCUUUAAAGGGUACUGUCUACUGUUCAUGCAUGUGUGGUUUCUUUUAAAGUUUGUGAAAUUUAUGCUUCUUCUUAAAUAGGAGAAGACAUCUCUCAGUCCUUUGUACAACUGGAAUCUCAGUUGCAAAAAUACAUUGGCUGUUGGUUGCACCUUYGAGGAAAAAAAGUACGAAUAGUUUCCUCCAGUUUUCUUUUUAAUUAGAAUUCUCCUUUUUUAUUACUAACAUUAAAACCAGUGAGUUUUAUGUUGUGUUAAGCUAGUGCUGUAUUGAGUUUUGUAUCUAUAAUGAAUGUUUAAAUUUACAUAUGUAAACAUUUUCAUUUUCCUAAUCUUUCAGAAAUAACUGAUAGUGACUAAAACUUUAGGGGCACCUCUACUUCUCAGCUUUUUAUGGAAAGAAAAAAUUUAAGUAUUAUGUUCAAUAUYCAAUUGGGAUUUCCUUCUUCCUAAACUUCUGUUUCUGUGUUCUUUUGCAUUCAUUGUCCAGAUGAAAAAGAAGCGAAUAAUAAAGCAUUGCUUUGUUUUGCUAAUU